GAGAAGAGGGGCCAAUGGGGCCGAGGAGGGGCCGCGCGCGGGGGCGGGGGGAGGGGAAGGCUACCGCGAGUGACGGUUGCUCCGGCGGCGGGGGCGGCGUUGGCUUUUUUUCCCCCGGAGGUCCCGCAGCGCCCAGAUGGAAGCGGAGCCGGGCCCGGGCCGGCGCUGCUGCUGCAAACCAGGGGGGCGGCUGGACAUGAGCCACGGCUUCGUGCACCACAUCCGGCGGAACCAGAUCGCCCGAGAUAAUUACGACAAGAAGAUGAAGCAGGCAGCCAAGGAGAAGGUGCGGAGGCGACUCACCCCCGGCCCUACGAGGCCCCGAAAGCCGGACCAGCAGGUGUACUUACCCCGACGACGAGGCGAGGCCAGGCUGAGCCGUCCUGGGGCCUCCCCUGGGACCCGGGAUACAAAUUUCCCUGCAUGCAGCCUAGACUAUGGGGAGUCCAGCGAGAGCAGCAGCAGCGGCAGCUCAGACCCAGAGCCCCCCAGCCUCCAGCUCUUCUGCCUAGAAUACGAAGCUGACAGUGGGGAAGUCACAUCUGUCAUCGUGUAUCAGGAUGAUGAUCCAGGAAGAGUGAGUGAGAAAGUCUCAGCCCACACACCCCUGGACCCACCCAUGCGAGAGGCCCUCAAGAUUCGAAUACAGGAAGAGAUGGCAAAGCGGCGGAGCCGACCCUGAGUGCCCGCUUUCCUGGGACUAGACAGACUCUCUUGGCUGUACCAUCAGAGCUGGAGGUUUACCCUGCCCCCUUUACCCUGGGGAUUCCAGGCCCAGUAUGGCCUCCCCCUCAGCUGCUCUGGCUUUUGGAGAAGUGUCCACUGCCAAGCUGGCCCCUGGCAUCUCCUUUGCUGUGACUCCUCUGCCAUCUCACCACAGACCACAGCUGCCUGGGAGUUGCAGAGAAGCGUUUCUCUGGCCUUGUGUCCUGCUAGCUCGAAUUCCCGAGAUGUGCCACCCCCAAUCAAGAGCCCCACCUCUCCCGGGGUUGGUCCCCUAAGCCCUGUGCCAAUCAGUGUGCUCCCUUUUCUUGGGAGGUUCAUGCCCUCCAAAUUUGUGCUUGUGUUUGGGAAAGUUCCUCCUCAUGGCCCUGCUUCCCCUUACCAAACUCCCAGGGUGUUUUCUCAGCCCUGGUUCCCUCCAUUUGCCUCCUUUCAUUUUCAUGUCACUGUCUCAGGUAGGACCCCAAAGCUUCCCCACCACAUCCACAGCCUUGCAGCAGCUCUUGGCCUACACAGCUGUUUUCUCACUUUGAGAUCUACCAGGGAUCUAGAGAGAGAACUUUGUGCAAAACCCCAAGAAUGUUAGGGGAUCAGCAAGAGCCGCAAGUAUUCCAAUCGCCCUCCCUAGCAAGGAAGCCCUGCCAUGCCUGGCCCAUCAAAACUAUCUCAGUGGGGCCGAGAUGCCUCUGAAGACAUGAGAUGAGGCUAGAGAACAUCGGAGAAUGGGAUUACAGAGACUCUCCAAAUUAACGAGAGGAGGGGCUGGCCAAACAAUAAUUAUCCAAUUGGAGGCCUACUGCUCCUUCAGCUUUUCUUAAAAAAAAAAAAAACAAACAAAAACUCAAACCCUUGCCCAGAUCAAACGCAGAGAUCCCUUUGUCCUUCCCCUCCCCAACUCUGCCAUCUUGCAUCUCCCACUUUGAGUGUAUAAAAGUAUGUCUGAGAUUCUUAGAAUAAAGGUACCAAAGGAAAAGUUCUCUCA